ACAUCGUGUACUGUCCGCCAUUUUGUAGGUAAAAUCAGAUCAGCUUUCAAGGCGAAACCGCUAAAAGAAGUACGUUUCACUCGUGAGGUAGUGGGGUAGCUCGCAAACAUGAUUUCCGCCGCCCAAUUGCUCGACGAGUUAAUGGGUCGAGAUAGAAACUUGGCCCCGGACGAGAAACGAAGUAAUGUUCGAUGGGAUCACGAGACCGUUUGCAAGUAUUAUCUGUGUGGAUUUUGUCCUGCAGAAUUAUUUACAAAUACCCGAUCUGACUUGGGGCCGUGUGAAAAAAUCCAUGAUGAAAACUUGAGAAAACAGUAUGAGAAGAGCUCUCGUUUUAUGAAGGAAGGGUAUGAGAGGGACUUCCUGCGGUACCUGCAGAGUUUGCUUGCGGAAGUGGAGCGAAGGAUCCGUAGGGGCCACGCCAGACUGGCUCUGUCACAGGCCCAGCAAAACUCUGGAGGACCAGGACCCUCGGGAAAGAAUGAAGAGAAGAUCCAGGUGCUUACAGAGAAAAUCGAGGAGCUUGUGCUUCAGAUUGAGGAGCUGGGCUCUGAGGGCAGGGUCGAAGAGGCCCAGGGCAUGAUGAAGCUUGUCGAGCAGCUGAAGGAUGAGAGAGAGCUGCUAAGCUCCACCACUUCUACAAUUGAAAACUUUGCGGCCCAAGAGAAGCAGAUGGAGGUUUGUGAAGUGUGUGGGGCCUUCCUCAUCGUGGGCGAUGCCCAGUCCAGAGUGGAUGACCACCUGAUGGGCAAGCAGCACAUGGGAUAUGCCAAGAUCAAGUCUACUGUAGAAGAGCUCAAAGAGAAGCUACACCGGCGGCCAGAUGACCCAGAGAGAGACGACCGAGGGAGGAAGGAGAGAGAGGAGAGGGAGCGAGAGAGGGAGGAGAGGGAGAAAAAGAGGCGGAAGGAAGAGGAAGAGAAGGAGAAGGAGAGGGAAAAGGAACGGGAGAGGGAGAGGGAGAGGGAGAGAGAGCGCGAGAGGGAAAAGGAGCGAGACCGGGAGAGGGAGAGAGAGCGUGAGAGGCGUAGCAGACGCAGCCACUCUCACAGCCGCCACUCCAGCAGAGCAGCGGAACGCAGGAGGAGCCGGUCCAGGGAGCGCCGGAGGUCCAGGAGCAAGGACAGGGAGAGGAAACGCAGCAGGAGCCGGGACAGAGAGAGGCGGCGUAGCCGGGACCGUGCAGAGAGGAGGCACCGAUCACGCAGCCGGGAGAGGCGGAGGUCCCGCAGCACGGAGCGCAAGUCCCACAAGCGCAGGAGCCGCAGCAGAGACCGGGACAGGAGGUCCAGAGACAGAGACCGAAAGGAUGCGGAUGAGAAAAGCAGCAAGAAAACGGGUGGCGAAGAAAAGCCCAGCGAGGUCCCCAAAGCUGAGCCAACGGAAACGGGGGCCCCCAAGGCUGAGCUGAAUGGCACCAGUGAAGACGUACAUUCUGAAGGUGACACUCAGUCCAAUUAAAACUGAUCUGAUAGGACCUCAGAUCAGGCCCAGGGUACGUCAUGAGAAGGAAGACCUGAAGAUUGCCUGUCCAGAACCUGCUACUCUGCUGCUUAAAACAAGGUGAACCAGAGAUGUAAUGACCAAAAAAGCUAAUGUAAAAUAGAUAUAGCCCCUUUCCUCUUAUUUUCAGGACUGCCCAACCUUUAACAUAUUUUGUGCAUAAUUCAUAACAUAUGCAACCACAGAGUACAUGAAAUCUGGUAUUCAGUUGUGUAAUUUCUGCUAAUAUUUAGUAACAAAAAAUACAGAUGCUGUACAUGUGGCUUGUUUGUUUUGCAAGUUCAGUUUUUUCUUCAUUCUCCCUGGUGUAUCAGUUUGUGGAAGCAUUUGUACAGUGUUUUGACUAAAAACAUCAACUAGUUUCCCCAAUAAAAUUUGACAUUCAGAUUUCUGCCCCUUUGUGUAAGGUAUCUUGAAGGAUGUAAGGAUCACCUCUAGCUUUAAGUUUUGUUUUGAUCAGAUCGAAAAAAUGUGUAUAUUUUGUGUUACAUUGCAAAUAAAAGGUACAAAACUGGUGCUGUCGUACUGUUCGAAAUUGUUGCUUUUGCAGUUGUUCAACUACCUGACAAGUUAUAGAUGAGGACAGAUCAUGCAUUGAAACUUUU